UCAAGAUUUAAUGAAAUACUCUAAAAUAUCAAAUUAAGUCAGAUAGGCCUUUAUAAGAAGGGUAUCUGAAAAGAAAUGUACAAUAAGACAAGCAGCAAAGUAAUUUGGCAUCAAAUUUUCUACAGCCAAAGCAAUUUUAUCAAUUUAUAGACAUGAAGGCAGGAUAGGAAAAAAACAAAAAAGACAAAGAAAAAUUUUAAACAAUAUUAUUUCUGAAAGGGAAACACAAAAAUCCCUUAAGGAGGAACAUACAGAGCCCAAAGAAGAUUUUAAAUUAAACUAAGUCCCCCAAAAUAGCCUGAAUGAAUGCCAAACUAUAUAACAACUACCUUGUUAUAAUUAUGACUGGACUUACUUGCAACAUUUUUGGAUGAUGACUUAUAUGAAUCAACAAUUACAAUACCAAAGUUUUUAAAGAUUUAUUGGAUAAUGA